AGCUGACUUGGGGAGCAUAGUAGCAUUGUCUGGCUCCACCUUCGAAUGAUAAGGCACUGGCCCGGCGCCGGCGCGUCUCUCUGACGAAUUGCUCUCCGACCGCGAUCCUAGAAGCCAACCUUGGAAUGGUCGUGACCACGUCGCUUGUAACCACCAUCACAACCUUGGAAUCAAACUCAACAGCACAACUUCCAGACAGCGCACCACCCCAACCGAGUCCUUCUCAGCUUCAAUCACUUUGUCCGCCACUCAGGUCACCUCAGGUCACCAGCUUGUCGACACUACCCAGGAUGGCCGCGCCCAGGCACGCUGUCGAGUUUGACAAGAUCAUCGACGCCGGCCGAGAACGGAAAAAGAACGAGGCACUCGCUGCGCGCAUCUUCAAUCGCGACUCGGCUCGCCGUUCCAGCACACCAGCUAGGACAUCCAGCCCUGGCGCUGGUUCCCUCGCCAGCCGCGUGGGUGUCAAGAAACGAGGAUCGUCAACAGUUCGCACUCCUACCGGCAACAUCAAUGGUGAAUGGGCGCAUGAUCUACACAAGGCCCACGAGACACCUAAGCAAUCGGCGCCAGCGACCAAUUCACUGGCCGCCAGGAUACAUGCACCUGGCACGGCCGCCCCGAAAGCGACAACCCAACCUCGACAGAACCGUGCUUCCAAGCUUGCUGAUGCCUACAGCCGUACACAAGCACAUGCUUACCCACCACCCGGUCUCCAGCAAGGCCAGGGCAUAACCAUUCGGGGCCUCGCUGGGCCGUUUGCAAUCAUGGCCCAGAACUUCGCCCCAGGAACGACGGCUGCCGACAUCGAGAGUGCCAUGACCCCCGUGGGGGGUCUCAUCACGACAUGCCGCUUGAUCAAAACACAUCCCAUCGUUAUUGCCGAGAUUGUUUUCGAGAGCAAAGAAGGCGCGGAACGUGUGAUUCAAACCUUCAACAACCAGACUGCCGAUGGUAGGACGUUGCAUGUAUACUCAAAACCAGGUGCCUCGUACCACCCAGCCCCUGGCGCCGUACCUGCUGGGCCUCGCUCGUCACGCAUGAAUGGCAGCAUUAUCGAUGGCUCUAUGGGCUUCGAUGAUUCGAUGGACACAAGCGAAGCAUACAACUCGAGGCCGACAAAGCAGGGCACGAGCGGGUCCGCUGGUACGAACAAAGGACUGUACAGCGACUCUAUCGUACGGGACAACAGUAGGAACAGCGACAUAGCGGGCUCGAGAAGAGGUAGGGGUUUCAAGCCGCGAGGCGGCGCAGGGAGGUGACCUUGAGAUGCCAGAAUACGCCAAAACCACAGGAUGGGACUAGUUAUUUGGUGGGCAUUUUCUUUACACAUAGACCCGGGCGGGAUUCUGUCUGGUGGAUCCUGGGCCUCGGCUGCUCCAUAACUAGUAGAUUCUACAACAGACGUUUCGAGAUUGUCGUUACUACUGCAUUAUGAGGGAUACCCAUCAU